CUGCUCCAUUAUCAAUCUAUGGAAUGUGUUUUAUCUACUUUUCUUUAAUCUAUAAUGCUGUCUUGUUGAUUUCUUUUCUGAUUUCGUCUGUUUCCUUACUGGGUUCUGUUGUUUUCAAAUUUGUUUUACAGAAGAAACACUUUUCGUGAUUUUCAAGGUAAAGAAAGAAGAGGAGAUAUGGGUAGGCUCUUCGUGAUCAAUCUAGAAGGCAAGAUCUAUAGCCGCAAGCACUGCCAAACCCAUCUCGCUUUAUAUGAUGACAUCAUUUCCAAGUCUUUCCACUGCAGGCAUGGGAAGGCUUAUCUCUUCAGGAAGGUUGUGAAUGUCUCAGUUGGGGAGAAAGAAGAUCGGAUGAUGAUAACUGGAAUGCACACUGUUGCUGACAUUUUCUGUGUAGGAUGUGGGUCAAUCGUCGGAUGGACAUAUGAGGCUGCACAUGAGAAGAGCCAGAAGUACAAGGAAGGAAAAUUCGUCCUUGAGAGGUUUAAGGUGUCCGGCCCUGAUGGUAGCAACUACUGGCCCAGUCGCGAAGCUCACAUUAGUGGAAGUGAUGCUGAUGAUGCUUGAUUGCCACUGAUCCUGGCAAUGCUUCACCUGUUCAACUGUAUAUCCUCAAUCCCAUUGUUCUCAACAUGAAUGGAUCUUCUUCAAUUGUUCAUAAUUUCUGAUCUUGCAGUUAUCUCAGCUGCCUGUUGAUGCAGAUUCUAUUCCAUUGUUCAUACAUGAUUGUUAUUUUUUCAUUUGAAUAGUGCAUUGGAUGUGUAGUGUUGAAAUCAUUACAUUCUAGGUGC